CUGGCCGGCGGGGAGCCCGUGAACUUGGGGUCCCUUCGGGGCAAGGUGCUGCUCAUUGAGAAUGUGGCGUCGCUCUGAGGCACAACUGUCCGGGACUACACCCAGAUGAAUGACCUGCAGCGGCGCCUCGGGCCCCGGGGCCUGGUCGUGCUCGGCUUCCCGUGCAACCAGUUUGGGCAUCAGGAAAAUGCCAAGAACGAGGAGAUCCUGAAUUGCCUCAAGUAUGUACGACCAGGCGGCGGGUUCGAGCCCAACUUCAUGCUCUUCGAGAAGUGCGAGGUGAAUGGCGAGAAGGCACAUCCGCUCUUCACCUUCCUUCGGGAGGCUCUGCCCACGCCCAGUGACGACGCCACUGCCCUCAUGACAGACCCCAAGUUCAUCACCUGGUCUCCGGUGUGCCGCAACGACGUUGCCUGGAACUUCGAGAAGUUCCUGGUGGGCCCAGACGGUGUGCCCGUACGCAGGUACAGCCGCCGCUUUCUGACCAUCGACAUCGAGCCUGACAUCGAAGCUCUGCUGUCUCAGGGGCCUAGCUGUGCCUAG